AUGUGCUGGCAAAGUCUUAUCCGGCAGAUGCUGGCUGGGGCGCACGGCGAGGUGCUCCGUCCGAGGCGGUUCUGCGAGCGAGCUCCAGGAGCACUUUCCCCGGCCUCCGGCUACGCUGCCUACGCCCCCAUGCGGAGUGGGUCAGCCGGCGGCGGCGAGGGCGAGGGCGUGGGCAGCGGGCGGGGAGGGGGCGCCCCAGCGCUGGGAGCCAAGGCGCCUCCCGGGUGUGCGCUCCGCUGA